AUGAUACCGAGUCUAAGUAAAAGACUCACCACUAGCCAGCUAAGGCUGGUUCAUGGGGUAUUCAAUCUGAAAUCCAUUUCCAAACUAAUCAUCAGAUUCAAUUCAUCCUCAUCUACCACAAAUCAAUUAACAGACUUAGAAGCACAAGAUAUAAAAUAUAGAAAACAGAGAGAAUUGUCAUUGAAACUAGUUAAAAUAAAAAACUAUGGUGACUUUUUCCCACCUCACACUCAUCCAGGUUCAACUCACUACAAAAAACCAGUUCAUGAUCACCUACAUAAAGGAAAACCAAUCAAAGAAUUAACUUUACCUAAAAAGAAAAAUGCUGGUAGAAAUAAUAAGGGACAAAUUACUAUAAGAGGUAGAGGUGGAGGUCAUAAACAAAGAAUAAGAUUAUUGGAUUUUCAUAGAUGGGAAUCUGGUAAAAACAAGGUGUUGAGAAUAGAAUAUGAUCCUAAUAGAUCUGGACAUAUAGCAUUAUUAGAAAAUGUAACAACUGGAGAUUUAUCAUAUAUUUUAGCUCCUCAAGGUUUAAGAAGUGGAGAUAUUGUUGAAAGUUUUAGACAGGGAAUCCCAGAAGAUUUCAUUGAAGAAAUGAAAAAAACAAAUAAUGGAGAAAUUGAUGAUGCUUUAUUAUCAGCAAGAGUUUUACAAAGAGGUAAUUGUUUACCCUUGAGGAUGUUACCUGUAGGGUCAAUAAUACACAAUAUUGGACUACGCCCAGGAAACAGAGCUCAAUUAGUAAGAAGUGCAGGAACAUUUGGUAAAAUCUUGUCAAAACAUACUGAAAAAUCAAAAGCCAUUAUAAAAUUAUCAAGUGGUGAACAUAGAUAUGUUCAUUUAGAUUGUCAUGCAACUUUAGGUGUUGUAUCCAACAAGGAACAUCAAUUGAUUUCAUGGGGUAAAGCAGGUAGAGCUCGUCAUAGAGGUAGAAAACCUAUUACAAGAGGUGUUGCUAUGAAUGCUUGUGAUCAUCCUCAUGGAGGUGGUAGAGGUAAAUCUAAAUCGAAUAAAUUAACUCAAUCUAUGUGGGGUUUGAAAAAAUUCCAAAAGACAAGAAUUAAACCAAAUCCAAGUGUUAUUAGAAAUAGAAAAGGGAGAAUGGUAAGACAUAAAAAAUAG